AGCACUUAGAGGACUCAUUUCUUUUCCUUCCUCUUCUUCUUUCUUCUUUUCCUUCCUCUUCUUCUUUCUUCUUUCCCUUCUCUCCUCCUCCGGUCCUCCUUUCUCUUUACCUCCAAUGAAGUUUUUGGGAGUAGGGGGCUGCCCACACACUGGCUCCGCCCCUGCAUAUAUGGUUCGAACUUAUAGUUGAGAUAGACCUGGCAAGCUGACAAGCUCCGUCCAAAUACAAGGAUUAUUGACAGAAUUGACGAAGCAAUUAUUAUUACCAUGGGAAUUUGAAACCGACAGUAUAGCUUAGUGUCGCUCUUGAUUUUUUUUUCUUUUUUUUUUGCGAGGAAUUUUUUUACUGGAGCCUAUAGCUACUGUUGCCGCAUGCAUCUAGCAAAGAACCUACAGCUUUUCUCUUAGUUUUUCUUUCUUCAUAGUACCCACAUUUUUAAGCCCGUCAUCUAAGAUCUGAGUAGCACGUGUCUUUCUUCUACCUCAUGACACUCUUGCAGGCUUGCAUAUGCUGUUAGUGAUGCACGUCCACUACCCGUGGGCCCGAGGUGAUGAACGCUAGCUAUAUAAUUUAAAUUUUUCUCAUCCUAUGCUACUUGUUUCAGUAAUCAAAAGUUCUUCUCUGCUACUAGUACAAUGACGCCUCCUUUUGCCUACAUCAUUUUUUAUCAGUGAUGUGGCCGCAUGUCAAGCGCACAGCCCUUCCUAUCACGACUGUCUAUCUUCUCGAUCUUAACUACUACUAUUCGCUAGUAGUAGUAACAUAUCUCUUACCUAACAGCUUUGCAGUAAUACUGUCCACUGCUCAGUUCAACUGACUCAGUUAUUUCUUUACUAGCUUUUCUACUUUAUGAUCCUCUUGGUCGUCUGUUGCUAUUAUGUUUAAUUCGGUCGUCUGUUGCAUGACGCCAUGCCUUCAUUACCUAGUUUCUGUUGGGGAAGAAUCGAUCCAAGUUUCUUGCUUUUUGAAAGUCAACAAAUCUCCAUAGUUCAAAGCAGGAGAUUCCGCAAUUUAUAUUUAUGUUCAAGCCUGAUGAGCUUACUAUACCAAUCAUGACCUGAUCGAUAUUGUUCUGGUUUCUUAUCUGCUUGUGGUGUUAAUUUUUUUGAGCUUGUGGUGUUAAUUGUGAGGUGAGGUAGUGUCUUGUAGCAAUAUCGGCAAUAAACUGUUGGAGUAAUAUCAAGGAUCCUCCCUCGGCAAGGACAGAGAUGCAUGAGGAUUGCGAAAAAUGGUUAGGUUGGACAUUGGUCUUGUGUUUGUAUUGGGCCUGCAGACAUACACAUUCAGACAUCACUAGUAGGCAGUAGGUGAUGUACAGUCUCCAGACUUCACGGAGAAUGAAGAAGCUUGCGGCGCGACGCUUACUCUUACUCUUAGCCUCCAACUCUGUGAUCCUCAUCGCUGGCCUAAUUUUGGCAGCCCUCUCAUCAUGAUCACUGGAGGCCAGGUGAUAGUCUAAUAUAGCGCAAAGCCUAGAAUUAUCUUGUUUAUUUUGACUAAUAAUAAUAAUAUAAAUUUUAUUGAAUUUGACCAAAAUUUGUUAGAGAUGACUCCAUAUGACUGAUAGCUACUCUAUGCAUAGCAGCGUGGCUAGAUCUACACAUGAACCCUACGUAAUGAGCCGGACCCUGUAAAUAAAACAUCGCGUACACAUUAUAAAAUUUUGUCGAAAUUGAUUGAAUUUUUUUUGAAGAUGACUCGGUAUAACUGGCAGCUACUCUGUGCAAAACAGUGUGGCAAGAACUACGUUGUAUUUUUUAGGAAACAGAUUUUUAUUGGGUUGUAACCAUAGUUUAGCUCAUAGUUUAUUACAUUAUGAGCUAAAAUGUUUGGGUUGGUAUGUGAUGUUGGUGGUUUGGAGUGGAGUAGGUAAUAUUAAUUUCCCUAGUAAUAAUGGAUGGGUGUGGAUGUAGUUUGGUUUCCAACAUAUUUGCAGAGCUAUAUGCGGGGAGAAUCAGAGAAGCGUGGCGCCGUAACAAGCAAAGAGGUAGGCAGGGGAUCGGUGAGAAAAACAAUCGGAUUUUAGCAAAAAUAUUUCCCAACAUGCAAUUUGUAUGGGUUUGCACCCUCUCUCACCACCCUCGAAUCCGACAGGCAGGUCUAGUGUGAGGGGUAUAGCAGAUCCAAUAUGGAUGAAAAAUAUUUUCAAUUGUUUUCGAUCUUUAUAUACAAUCGGUGUUAAUGACCAACUGCAUAGGACGCGUGAUAUUUCAGAUGUAGAUUCACGCAAAUCACUAGAAAAAACUACAACAUACAAAGCUCAAUUCAGUUUUUCGAGAAAAGGAUUACCCUGCUUUUAUAGAAAGCAUAUAGAGUUGAUACAAACUGUAAAAGGUCGGGGUUGCCGACCGCAACAUCUGAGCUUUAAAGGAACUAAGUCACUUGGAACCCCCUCACUACAAGCGAGUCUUACAGCAGAAAAGGAAAGCAACAAACUAAAAGAAAUCCUCCUUUCGGCCUUCUUGUACUUUCCUUAGGAACACUUCGCACCACUGCUUAGCCUGCCAUCUCCAUCCAUCCAAGCUUGCCUUGUUGGGUCCGCGAAGAAGGCCUCUCCAUCGCUGUAGGAUGUUAUCAGUUUUAAAGAGAAUGUCAGCAGGCACAUGAACAAACACCCCCUCAAUCAUCAUUUUGUUACGAACGUUCCACAACGUCCAGAAAACCCCUGAAAUCGGGAAAAGCUUAAAGCUGUAAUUUUUACACUCUAACGGUAGCCAACCCUCAAGAAGGUCUUGCAUAGACUUGGGAGAAGUCUCCCAACCCGCGGCCUCUUUCACACAUGUCCACAUAAAACAGGCUAGAGGACAAUGGAAGAAGAUGUGGUCAAUGGUUUCCGGCACUCUGCAAAUGACACACUUGAGAUCUCCCUUCCAGUUCCUACGUUUGAGAACUACCCCAGUAGGGAGUCUAUCCUGCAGAGUCAGCCACAUAAACACUUUGAUUUUCAUAGGUAGCCUGCACUCCCAAAUUCGUUGCAUUCUCUUAUUAAUCACACCCCUGAAAGAGAGAAACUUAUACAUAGACUGGCUUGUAUACCCCCCCCCCUUUUUUCCAAAGCCCAUAGAACACCAUCGUUUGAAUCCGUCAAAUUCUCCUCAUCUAAAUAAUGUAGAAGUGUCUCCCACUGUCUCACUUCUUCAGGCCCAAAAGAUCUGCAAAGGUCCAGCCUCCAUUCCCCAUCAACCCAGCAAUCCCUCACUAAGCAGUCAGUCAUACAGAUUAGGGAAUUCUAACCUCAGUGGGGUGUGGCCAACCCAAACAUCGUCCCAAAAGAGAAUGUUAUCUCCAUUACCUAGUUUGAAGAUGGCCCCCCAAUUGAAGUUAUGUCUGAUUUUCUGGAUUCCCUUCCAAAACUGUGAGCCAUUUUUACCUAAAGCUCAAUUCAGUUGACUGAAUAUACAACAGUAAUCCCUUGACUACUUUUUGGGCUAAUGAAAAGUUGAAUAUAAAGCUCAUACUGAUGGGAUUGCACAAGAAGGUGAGAGUGGAAUCGAAGCUCCAGCCCAAUCUGAAGAAAACCUCCAUCAGCAUUCAGCAGCGCAUGUGCUCAAGCCGCGACAGGAGAAAGCAGGAGAAACAACAGCAGGGACACGGCGAGCGGAUGGCCGCGACCCGCGAUCGCACGGGGUUUCCAGCCCGGCCACCCCAAAAGCGUGCGCCCUCGGCCGGCCCGGACCGACCUGGCUGGUGCCACGUGUACAACGUGGCCUUCCCCUUCCCUCCCCUCGCGCUCGCGCCGCCCUGUGUCUGCGGCUCUGCGCCUCCCCUCUCCGCUCCGUCCGCCGCUCCCGUCGCUUCGGUCACCUGCCCGUCGUCUAUAAGGAGGCCAUGGAGGACGAAGGGGAGCAGGGCAGCAGGCCCUUCCGCCCGAUUCGCCGCCCCUCCGCUCCCCCGCGCCUCCGCCCACCGACGCCUAGGGCUCCGCCUCGCGUCGCGGUGGAGGCGGCCAGCAUCGCGCCACCGCCCGCCCCUCAUCGCUGAUGGCGGGACCUAAUAAAGUCCCAUUUAGUGGAGUGGCUGAGGAUUUCAAAGGAAGAGCAGCUUGUUACAAACAAGACUGGAACAAUGGGUUCCGUUCUGGUUUCAGGAUAUUGGCACCUACACUCUACAUAUUCUUUGCAUCUGCCGUUCCUGUAAUAGCCUUUGGGGAGCAAUUAAGUAAAGAUACAGAUGGCGCACUGACCACUGUUGAGGCAUUAGCAUCAACUGCUAUUUGUGGAAUCAUACAUUCAAUCAUAGGCGGACAGCCACUAUUAAUUGUGGGAGUUGCAGAGCCGACUAUUAUUAUGUAUACUUAUAUCUACAAUUUUGCAAAAAGUCAGCCGAACCUGGGAGAGAAAAUGUUUCUUCCAUGGGCUGGAUGGGUUUGCAUCUGGACUUCCGUUAUGUUGUUCCUCAUGGCAAUGUUUAACGCUGCAGCUAUUCUAAACAAAUUUACAAGGUUUUCAGGAGAACUUUUUGGAAUGUUGAUCACAAUUCUGUUCAUGCAACAGGCUAUCAAAGGGAUGGUGGGCGAAUACAGUGUCCCUGAGGGUAAUGACGAAAGUCAACCGACAUUCCAGUUCCAAUGGUUAUAUGUUAAUGGUCUCCUUGGAGUUAUCUUUUCAAUGGGUGUACUAUAUACUUCAUUAGCCAGCAUGGAGGCAAGAUCGUCUCUAUACGGAACUGGGUGGCAAAGGAGCUUAAUUGCUGACUAUGGCGUUCCACUGAUGGUCAUACUGUGGACAGCACUAUCGUAUUCAUUGCCAAGCAAGAUCCCUUCAGGAGUCCCUAGGAGGCUCUUCACCCCACUUCCUUGGGAACCCAAGUCACUCCAGCAUUGGACAGUAGCAAAGGAUCUUUUGUCUGUCCCUCCAACACAUAUAUUUCUGGCUAUUGUGCCUGCUGCGAUGGUUGCAGGGCUCUAUUUCUUUGAUCACAGUGUAGCUUCACAGAUGGCUCAGCAGAAGGAAUUUAAUUUGAAGAACCCAUCAGCCUACCAUUAUGACAUUUUGGUCCUGAGCUUGACGACCUUGAUCUGCGGUCUUCUUGGCAUUCCUCCAUCUAAUGGAGUGCUUCCUCAGUCCCCCAUGCACACAAGAAGUCUUGCUGUCCUCAAACGGCAGUUGAUUCGCAAAAGGAUGGUCCGAACUGCCCAGGAGGGGAUGAUGAAUAAUGCUACCAGUUCAGAAGUUUAUGGCAAGAUGCAAGAGAUUUUCAUAAAAAUGGACAAUGGAAGCAACUCUGUUUCUGCCAGCAACGAGCUGAAGGACUUGAAGGAUGCCAUUAUUCCAGAGGGGGAUGGAGCAGGGAAAGUGCCUGAAGCAUUUGAUCCUGAGAAGCAUGUGGAUUCUUACUUGCCUGUCCGGGUGAAUGAGCAGAGAGUAAGCAAUCUGUUACAGUCCCUGUUGGUUGGUGGUUGUAUCGGAGUUACGCCGCUCAUUCGGAGGAUACCAACAUCAGUCCUUUGGGGUUACUUUGCCUAUAUGUCCGUCGACAGUGUUCCUGGGAACCAGUUCUGGGAGAGGAUAAAACUUAUGUUUGUCACACCUCAAAGGCGCUACAAGGUUCUUGAAGGAGCACAUGCAUCCUUCGUGGAGUCGGUGCCUUUCAACAUAAUAUCUGCCUUCACGCUGUUCCAGCUAAUUUAUCUCUUGCUCGUCUUUGGGAUGACAUGGAUACCAAUGGCAGGAAUCCUCUUCCCGCUGCUCUUCUUUUUUCUCAUUGUAAUCAGGGAGCAUCUCAUUCCGAAGUAUUUUGAUCCUGCCCACCUGAGGGAAUUAGAUGCAGCAGAGUACGAAGAACUCGAGGGUUUCACCCCUGAUCCUUCAGAGGGCGGCGAUGAGUCUGUUCGCAGCCGAGAUGCCCAGCCUGAAUACGCUUCUGAGAUACUGGAGGAAUUCACGACACACCGUGGAGAGUUGAAGCACAGGAACUCGAGCUUCCGCGACGGGAGGCUACUUCAGCUUAACUCGGUCAGGAUGACAAGAGAGCUUUCCCGGACUAUGUCGAGGGCUCCAACGCUCAGGCGGGAGCAUUGAGAAAAAA